AUGGAGGAUUAUAGAGGUGUCAGAAUGUUGCCAGUAUCAGCAAGACGAAAGGAUUUGAGGAAACAUAAUCUGACUAUGGCCAACGUCAUCACAGAUAGCAAUGAGACCAGGCAACAUUUGGACGAUAGACUGAAUCUUCAUCAGGAUUCAAUAACUAAAAUGUCGUAUGUCGUGGCGAAGAUUUGCUUUGAUAUGUUGAAUGCUACGGAGAACAGAAUCUUCACACACACUUGGGGCUACAAGGACAAGAACGGAAACUGGCAAGGAAUUAUAGAUCACCUGCUGAAGAAGAAGGCGGAUCUUGGUACUCUAACAAUAUUUACUCAAGAGCGCAUGAAGGCUAUAGACUAUAUAGCAAUGGUAGGCUCUACAGCAGUCAGGUUUGUCUUCAGAGAGCCUCCCCUGGCUUUAUUGGAGAAUAUAUUCACAUUACCAUUCACAUCUGCCGUAUGGAUAGCGAUAGUCAUCUGCGUACUUGGUUGUGCUCUAUUCCUAUACAUAACAUCAAAAUGGGAAGCCACUGUUGGAAUGCAUCCCUUACAACUAAGCGGUUCAUGGGCAGAUGUAUUGAUACUCAUCAUAGGAGCCGUUCUUCAACAGGGUUGUACUCUUGAACCAAGAUACGCCGCUGGUCGGUGUGUGACCCUACUAUUAUUUGUAUCUCUUACGGUACUCUUUGCUGCCUACUCCGCUAAUAUCGUGGUGCUGCUUCGUGCUCCUAGCAGCUCUGUGCGAUCUUUGCCUGAUUUACUGAACUCACCUUUGAAGCUUGGUGCAAGCGACUUUGAAUACAACCGGUAUUUCUUUAAGAAACUCAAUGAUCCCAUACGUAAAGCAAUUUAUAGCAAGAAAAUAGCUCCGGCAGGCAAAAAGCCAAAUUUCUACAGCAUGAAGGAAGGAGUAGAAAAAAUAAGAAAGGGAUUAUUCGCUUUCCACAUGGAACUUAACCCCGGGUAUCGUUUAAUCCAGGAAACUUAUCAGGAAGAAGAGAAAUGUGACCUGGUUGAGAUCGAUUAUAUAAACGAAAUUGAUCCCUGGCUGCCCGGACAAAAGCGAUCGCCUUAUAAGGAUUUGUUUAAAAUAAGGUCUACAUAUCUGGUGCAACAACUUCGUAAGCUAUCUACAUUCAAAUACACCUUUCCAACAGUAGACCAUAUAUUCUGCUCCAGCUUCAUAAAGAUUCGUGAGUCAGGAGUCCAAUCGUGUGUCCAUCACCGUCUGCACGUGGGUCGUCCACGCUGCUCGGGCAGCAUUUCCACUUUCAGCAGCGUCGGCAUCACUGACAUGUACCCAGCUUUACAAGCCACGCUGUACGGCGCCUUCAUGUCAAUAGCUGUGCUCAUGAUGGAGAAAGUUCAUUACAAGCUGGAACUUCGUUACGAUGUUAUAUCAAAACUGUCCUAUGUACACGUACAAAUAGCCUUCCAAAUGCUAAACGCUACGCCGAGACAUGUUUUCAGUCAUCGAUGGGGUUACAAAAAAAACGGACAAUGGUCAGGAAUGAUUAAUGAUUUAAAUACAGGGAGAGCUGACCUAGGCACAAACUGCGUUCCCAAUGCUGAACGUCUUAGCGUCGUUGUCUUUACGGACUCCAUCGCCAAGUUUGAAGUUAAAUUCAUCUUUCGCCAACCGCCGCUCUCCUACGUGUCCAACAUCUUUACUUUGCCAUUUUCAAAAAGCGUUUGGAUCGCCAUAGCUGUGUCAUUCGCUAUAUCUACUAUAACUAUAUACAUCGCAACUAAAUGGGAGGUCAGGACGUUUAAAACGGAUCCGACCCAACUUGAUGGCAGCGUUUUUGACGCUAUGCUCAUAACGAUGAGUGCGCUCAGCCAACAAGGAUGUUCCAAAGAACCAAAAAAGUUUUCAGGUCGUGUCAUGUCCUUUGUUAUCUUCUCUGCAUUAAUGGCGGUGUAUACGGCUUACUCCGCAAAUAUAAUGGUCCUGCUUCAAGCACCAUCUAGCGCUAUAACUAAUCUGGAACAGCUUGCCAAUUCCGAUAUGAAGAUUGCGGCUCACGACGUGGACUAUAAUCAUUUUGUUCUUAAGGCACAAAAAGAUCCAAUAAGGAAAGCAAUAUAUAGGAAAAUUAGUCCGGAAAAAGGCAAAAAGAAUUUUUAUGAUUUCAAUGAAGGAGUUGAACUCUUACGUCAGGGCUUAUUUGCAUUUCACGCAAUUUUGGAAUUGGUGUACUUACGCGUGGAGGAAACAUUCUUGGAGAAUGAGAAAUGUGAUUUGAUGCAAUUGGAUUUUAUCAACUCACACGACCCCUUUGUACCAAUUUACAAACAUUCCCCGUACUUGGAGCUGCUGAGAGUUGUGUUCAAACGUAUCCGUGAAUCAGGGAUUCAGAUGGCGAACCACAGGAGGUUUCUUGUCCCAAAGCCACGAUGUACCGAGAAGAUGUCCACCUUCAGCAGUGUCGGUUUAGUUCACAUGAAGCCGGUGCUGCUGUUCAUAAUAUACGGAUUCUGUGCGGCAUUCCUCAUAAUGUUGGCUGAGAUUUUCGUAUAUAAGAUAAAAAUGUGCAAAAGGAAGGAGUUUAACGACUUUUCGAAGAGGAAUAGGCUCUCAAAAGAUUUGACUAUAAAGUUUCGUAAUUAA